GGAAGGAUUUCACAGGAACACCACUCGACUCUCAAGGAUGGUUCUCUGUGCAGUGAGACGACAUCUCCUGAGGAGCAGUAGUAACGGUGGAGCCUGGGUCAGACUGCUGCAGAGACAGAGCAGUGGCUGUGUUUACUCCAGCAUCCAUGGCUUCAACCAAGAGGAGAUUACAGAGAAGCUGCAGGCCUUUGCAGGAGGCUCCAUCGAUCUGCUUAAACAGGAGUCUGGCAUUGCCGUGCUCACCGUCAACAACCCCUCCCGCAUGAACGCCUUCUCCGGCAGUAUGAUGGUGGAUCUGGAGGAGAAAGUGAGCCAACUGGAGAACUGGACAGAUGGCAAAGGACUCAUUGUUCAGGGUGCUGCUGGUACUUUCUGCUCUGGGUCAGACCUCAACGCUGUCAGAGCAAUAUCUAACCCACAGGAUGGGAUGAAGAUGUGUAUGUUCAUGCAAAAUACUCUAACAAGACUACUAAGGCUGCCUUUGAUGUCUGUAGCUCUGGUGGAAGGGAGAGCUCUGGGAGGAGGCGCAGAACUUACCACUGCCUGUGAUUUUAGAUUAAUGGCCUCUGGUAGCGUGAUCCAGUUUGUCCACAAAUACAUGGGUCUGGUUCCAGGCUGGGGUGGUGCCGCACGACUUGUCCGCAUUGUCGGAAGCCAGAAUUCACUCAAGUUGCUUGGUGGCGCUCUUAAAGUAGACCCUGAUUUUGGCUUACAGAUUGGACUGGCAGAUGGAGUCCUAACGGCCCCUCAGGUGAAGGAAGAUGCAGGGACUCUCCUACAGCAGGCUGAAAACUGGCUCAGUCACUAUACAAAGGGGCCUGCCCCAGUGAUCCAGGCUGUGAAGCAGGUAGUAUUGUCGGGGAAAGAGCUCCCUCUGGCAGAGGCUCUGAGGACUGAGAAAGAUGUGUUUGGCACAGUGUGGGGUGGUCCGGCUAACCUGCAGGCACUGGCCAAAAAUUCCAAACAUAAAUGAGCUGGUCCAAGUUUUCCCAAAGUGUCUGUUUUGUGUUUUCAGAUCUGAUCAUUUGAAAUAUCCUGUACGGUUCAAAAAUGUGUGGAUGGUGUCACACAGAGAAGUGCUACACCACCUUUGGGGGAGAGACUGACUCUUGGUUGCGAUUACUGAACUGACUGUGAUAAAUCUAAGUGCUUUUUGCCUCCACUGAUGAGGUAAUGCGCAUCAUGUACGUAAAUGGUACAUCAUGACUGCAGUGUUGGGGCUAACUACAUAAACAGUGAUGAUGAUAAUGUGCUGUUUUUGUCAUAUAUUGCAGACAAGGCUGUGGAGAAAAAGACAGAUUGAGGGUUUUGUUGACAGGGAUGAAAACUGAAUUCAAGUCAACUUUAUUUGUAAAGCCCAAUAUCACAUGUCACACAUUUUCCUUAAAGGGCUUUACAAUCUGUACAGCAACACAACAUCUUUUUACCUCAGACCCUCGAUUUGAAUAAGGAAGAACCCCUUUAAAAGGGAUAGAGGGUGCGGAGAUUCAACCAAACGGCAACACCUGGAAGGCACCUAUUCCAUCAUAAAUAUUAACCCCAUCAAUAAAAGUCCUUUAGGUUAUAUUU